AACCUUGAAAUUGACAAUCAUGCACAGAAAAUAUAUUAAUGGUUUGCUGUGUUUUGUCUACCUACUGGUCAUUGCGGGCGUGCUCCAACAUCUCCUAAUUAUCCGGAUGUACAAAGGGCAGAAGGUAUGGGAUCGUUUUGCAAAGAUCGAUUCUAUCUCACAUUAUAUGAAUUUAACUAAUAUGACGUCCAGGGAGAUAAUGUCGACAGUUUCCACCCACCAGGCAGCAAAUACAAAAGUUAAAAAUCUUACAGAGGCUAGUAUCAAAGCGAAUUUACAAACAGUGUCAAGUACAUCACUGAAGAAUUCUACGACUAAAAAUAUUGAAUUGAACACUUUAUCUGUGACUUCUUCUCGUGAGAAAUACCCUAAAUUCUUACUGUGUGUAGGUAUUAUGGGUAGGCUAGGGAACCACUUGUUUGAGUUUGCCUCUGGAUAUGGCAUAGCUGCCAAGAAGAAUAUGAUCUCAUUUAUUCAGCGGAAUGGUAUUGUAGAUUCCAUGUUUGAACUGAAAAAUGACAGCCAUCUUCUGCUUUCGCCUGACUGGAAGGAAUGUGAGAACUUACCUACGCUAUACGAGAGAUGGUGCAGUCGAUAUGAUCCCAAACUGGAGAAUUUCACUGUGAACUCCAACAUGUGGAUCGGAUGGGGUCUACAAUCAUGGAAAUAUUUCAAUGCUUCUUAUCAAAAACUGCGAAAACAAAUGACGUUUAGAAAAUACAUACGUGACAAAGUAACUAAGAUACAGGAUAUGACGUUAAAAAAAUUCAAUUUUUAGUCACGAUCUGACGUCACGCUUGUUGGAAUUCAUAUUCGGAGAGGGGACAUGUUGACGAAUCAUCUAGGUUAUGACGUAGCUACCCCUGAAUAUAUUUCUCGUGCAGUGGCUUAUUUCGAAAAUUACACAAACACUAUUUUUAUAGUAUGUUCCUUGGAUUUAACUUGGUCUCAAAAACAUAUGCCAAAGAAUGUGAGAGUUGAGUACAGCGUUGGAAACGCAUGUGAAGUUGAUUUAGCUCUUUUAGCCUCUUCUGACCACAUUAUUCAAACAGUUAGUACUUUUGGAUGGUGGGCUGGUUGGUUAAACAAUGGAAAAGUAAUUUAUUAUAAAUGGCCUGCAAAGGUGAAUGGGAAAUUGAGAGUCUCAUUUAGUGCAGAUUACUCGGAUUAUUUCAUGCCUGACUGGAUUGGAAUGUAGUAACGGUAUUCAUACAAUGUAUGGUAUUCUGUCCAAAUUAAC